GGUUUUGUUGGGACACGCCGGCAAGCGGCCUCUACAGUUGUUGGCUCUUCAGAGCAAAGAAGCGGUUUGUGUGGCCUCCAUUGUUCGGGAUUUAGGGCGCCAUGAGGGGUGACAGAGGCCGUGGUCGGGGUGGGCGCUUUGGCUCCAGAGGAGGUCCAGGAGGCGGGUUCAGGCCCUUUGUGCCUCAUAUCCCAUUUGAUUUCUAUUUGUGUGAAAUGGCCUUCCCCCGGGUCAAGCCAGCAGCUGAUGAAACAUCCUUCAGUGAGGCCUUGCUGAAGAGGAAUCAGGACCUCGCUCCCAAUUCUGCUGAACAGGCUUCUAUCCUUUCUCUGGUGACAAAAAUAAACAAUGUGAUUGACAAUUUGAUUGUGGCCCCAGGGACAUUUGAAGUGCAAAUUGAAGAAGUUCGACAGGUAGGGUCAUAUAAAAAGGGAACGAUGACCACGGGACACAAUGUGGCUGACCUGGUGGUAAUCCUGAAGAUUCUGCCAACGUUGGAGGCCGUUGCUGCCCUGGGGAACAAAGUGGUGGAGAGCCUGAGAGCACAGGACCCUUCUGAAGUUUUGACGAUGCUGACCAAUGAAACUGGCUUUGAGAUCAGUUCUUCGGAUGCCACAGUGAAGAUUCUCAUCACAACAGUGCCACCCAAUCUCCGAAAACUGGACCCAGAGCUCCAUUUGGAUAUCAAGGUGUUGCAGAGUGCCUUAGCAGCUAUCCGGCAUGCCCGCUGGUUUGAGGAAAACGCUUCUCAGUCCACAGUUAAAGUUCUCAUUAGACUGCUGAAAGACUUGAGGAUUCGUUUUCCUGGCUUUGAACCCCUCACACCUUGGAUUCUCGACCUACUGGGGCACUAUGCUGUGAUGAACAACCCCACCAGACAGCCUUUGGCCCUCAACGUGGCAUACAGGCGUUGCUUACAGAUUCUGGCUGCAGGGCUGUUCCUGCCGGGUUCUGUGGGUAUCACUGACCCCUGUGAGAGUGGCAACUUCAGAGUACACACAGUCAUGACCCUGGAACAGCAGGACAUGGUCUGCUACACGGCUCAGACGCUGGUCCGAAUCCUCUCACAUGGAGGCUUCAGGAAGAUCCUUGGCCAGGAGGGUGAUGCCAGCUAUCUUGCUUCUGAAAUAUCUACCUGGGAUGGAGUGAUAGUGACACCUUCAGAGAAGGCUUAUGAGAAGCCACCAGAGAAAAAGGAAGGUGAAGAGGAGGAGGAGAAUACAGAGGAACCACCUCAAGGGGAGGAAGAGGAGAGCAUGGAGACGCAGGAGUGACCCUCUCUUCAUCCCCUUCCUAUCGAGGGGAAGACCUGGAGCCUAAGCUAACUGCUACUGGGCAUUAUUACACAGUGGCAUUUCUGUGGGACAGGGGCAACAGCAGGAAGGAAAUGAAACUCUAGAAGGAAAUGUCAUUCUGCUGGUUUGACACUGGCUUAGCAGCCAGAAGUCCAUUUGUGACUAUGCCAUCCACCUAUAGUGAAGUGGGAUACCGACUUUUCCCAUUACUCUAGAAUCCCCAACUCCUGGAAACUGCUCUCAACCAGUAUUCUGUUGUUGAAAUGUUGUGAACUGUUAGUGUCUGGAAAUUUUUUUUCUAAGAAAAACGAUUAAAGAACUUCCUAGUAGGUGCUCGGUUUUGCUUUUCCUUGGCAACUGACAGCCUUCCUUGCUUCCUUUUGCUUUCUGGACUCUUCACUGAAAAUGAUACAUAGGUUUUUAAAUUAUGAACACGAAAUCAUAAUUUGAAACUACAUUUAUGUACAAACAACUCAGAAGCUUUUCCAUAUACCAGAGUAAUCUAGAAUACUGUCAAUGCAUUUAUUGAAUUAAAUGGUUCUAGCAACACUG